AUUUUUGGUAAGAUAAAGAAUGACAAAUUUAUCACUGACAGAUAUACGCUAAAUGGCAUAGCUGCUGAUAUCUCACUUGCUGGAAGCUGCUGAGAUAGCAAGCAUGCGCCGGAAGUGUGAUCAAUCAAAGGGCACCAUGAGUCGUCGAAAAAAAACGAAAGUUGAAAUUCAUGAAAUGGAAGAGAAAUAUGGACAGUUAGUGGAGGAAGAGGAGGUUCCUGAUACUCCAGAAAAGCACAAAGUUAGUGCUGCAUUAGACAGUAAGCCUGUAAUAACAGAUACCUCCAGUGCGACAUUUAAGAAGAAGACUGGGGGCUCUGCAACUGCUGAAGCAGCACCAAAUGCAACACCUUCACAGGGUGGUCAGUCAGUGAAAGAAGUGAAAGAGGAAGAAAUGGAAAUGGAUUCGGAAUUAGAUGACCCUACAGGAUUGGAAGGCGCAGCAUUCCAGAAAUGUCCACAUCAUUCCAUUAUUAAGGUGUUUGACUAUACCACAGCUGUGCGGGAGGUGUUAGUAAGAAAUGUGAAAGAGGUAAAAGAACUUGAAGGUGAAUUUAGUGGGAUACUUGUAAAUUGGGGUCCACAUGGGGAAUGUGUGCCACAUCCAUUGAUUCAGGUAUUUCAAAUUAUUUUUUGUCAACGUAAUACAUUUUUACAGAUGGAGCCACCGUACAAUAGUGAUGGACCUCUUGUAGCUCGGGUACAUGCAUUCCUGGAAAGGCACGGUUUCAUCAACUUUGGAAUCUUUAAGCGGCUGCGCCCAUUGCCUGCAAAGAAACUGGGCAAAAUCAUUGUCAUUGGUGCUGGAAUAGCUGGCCUAGCUGCUGCCCAACAGCUGCAGCAAUUUGGAAUGGAGGUGUUGGUACUAGAGGCACGAGACAGAGUUGGGGGACGCAUAGCAACAUUUCGGAAAUCAUCAUAUAUUGCAGAUCUAGGCGCUAUGGUGGUGACGGGGCUUGGUGGGAAUCCAGUUACAGUACUGUCAAAGCAGAUUAAUAUGGAACUUCACAAAAUACGACAGAAAUGUCCAUUGUAUGAAUCUUCUGGGUGCACUGUUCCUAAGGAUAAAGAUGAAAUGGUGGAGCGUGAAUUCAAUCGUCUUCUUGAGGCUACAAGUUACUUGUCUCACCAACUUGACUUCAACUACGCUGGAGGAAAGCCUGUGUCUUUGGGUCAGGCUCUUGAGUGGGUUAUUAAACUUCAAGAGAAGAAUGUGAAGGAGAAGCAGAUACAGCACUGGAAGGCAGUGAUUGCAUUGCAGGAGAGGCUGGAGGCUAAUCAGCAUCAGAUGUUGGCUCUGAAGGACAAAAUCCAAGAACUUAGUCGCCAGUACAAAGAGCAUAGUGAAAAUAAAGUGGUGCGUGAUAUCACACAAGAAUUUGUUGUAAGAUCCGAACUGCGUGACCUCAAAAUUGCCUGUCGUGAAUGGGACCAACUGUUGGAGCAGCAGCGAGAAAUUGAAGAACGGCUCCAGGAAUUAGAUGCUUCACCACCCUCAGAUGUAUACUUAUCACCUCGUGAUAGACAAAUUCUGGAUUGGCACUUUGCUAAUCUUGAGUUUGCAAAUGCCACACCUCUGGACAAACUGUCUUUGAAACACUGGGAUCAAGAUGAUGAUUUUGAGUUUACUGGUAGCCAUUUGACUGUGAGAAAUGGAUACUCAUGUGUGCCAGUUGCUCUUAGCGAGGGUUUGGACAUUAAACUGAAAACAGCAGUACGCCACGUAAGAUAUACUACCACUGGAGUUGAGGUUCUGGCAACUGAUUCGCGUUGCCAUGGAAAUCCACUGAACUUUAAAGGUGAUGCUAUACUAUGUACCCUUCCUCUCGGAGUGCUCAAGCAAUCAACUUCUGCUGCUGCUCAGGAUACUGGCAGACCAAAUGUUAUACAGUUUGUUCCACCACUACCUGACUGGAAAGUAGCAGCAAUACAGCGUCUUGGUUUUGGAAAUCUUAAUAAGGUGGUGCUGUGCUUUGAUCGAAUUUUUUGGGACCCAAGUACCCAUCUGUUUGGACAUGUGGGAAGUACAACAGCAUCACGAGGUGAACUGUUUCUCUUUUGGAACUUAUACCGAGCACCUGUACUGCUUGCCUUAGUAGCUGGGGAAGCAGCUGCUAUAAUGGAAAAUGUUAGUGAUGACGUCAUUGUGGGACGCUGUAUAGCAGUUCUGAAGGGUAUCUUUGGAAACAAUUCAGUUCCACAACCAAAGGAAACAGUUGUGACAAGAUGGCGAGCAGACCCGUGGUCCCGAGGUUCCUAUUCAUUCGUUGCCGUGGGAUCAUCUGGAGCAGAUUACGAUAUUUUGGCUGCCCCUGUUACUCCAGGCCAACCACAGCCUCCUCCAGUUACUCCUGCUUCACAGAGCGGUAGCAGUGGCUCCAAUGGUAAUUCUGCAAAUCCUUCAGCCACUCCACCACCUGCUCAACAGCAGCAACCACCUCCUCGUUUGUUUUUUGCUGGAGAGCAUACAAUUCGCAAUUAUCCUGCAACUGUUCAUGGAGCAUUUCUAAGUGGAUUGCGGGAAGGCGGGAGAAUAGCUGACUACUUCACCGGAUGUCCAUACGCACCUCCAGCUGGUAGCACUACCAAUUCACAAUCAGCUGCAGCUUGAUUAUUUUCAUGUCCUUAGCCUGGCUUUACUGCUAGUAGUGUUGUAAUUUAAAACAGAUUUUUGGAAAUUGAAUACCUAACACAUUACUUUCUCUUUGGCCCAUCAUGAGUGAAACGUGAAACAAUCACCGAUACAAAUUGUCAUCUACCGUACAGAUCAGCUUUUUUCAUAUUUUUAUCUACUGUGCAGACAUGGAGUACAUAAGUACAUUGAAAUAAAAUGAGAAGUAAAGUUGGAACUAAUGCAUGUAGUUUUAGAUGUAAAGGACAAAGAAUGAUUUUGAUGGGGAUGAGCUAUAUUCUGUUCCAAGAUGAUGAUGUAGGUGAAUAUGAGACUUUUUUUAAUGGACCUCUGUGGUGUUGUGUUAGUUAUCUUUGUAUGUUACUCUUAGUGCACAAGAUAAAAAAAGUUAGAGGUGACA